UUUUUUUUUCUACUCGGGAAAAUGGGCGGAAAUUCGCCAUGCGCUUCCUGCAAGCUCCUACGACGUCGUUGCGUCAAGGACUGUAUCUUCGCUCCUUACUUCCCUGCUGAUGACCCCCACAAGUUUGCCAUUGUCCACAAGGUCUUCGGCGCCAGCAAUGUCAGCAAAAUGUUGCAGGAGCUUCCGGUGGAGCAGAGAGGGGACGCAGUGAGCAGUUUGGUGUACGAAGCAAAUGCGAGAAUGAGAGACCCAGUUUACGGCUGUGUGGGAGCCAUUUCUUAUCUGCAAAACCAGGUUUCUCAGCUUCAAAUGCAACUUGCUGUUGCUCAGGCUGAGAUCCUCUGCAUCCAGAUGCACCAAGACCCAAUCAAUACUAUCACGCAGACUCCCUCUCAGAUUGAUCAUGAUCAUCGUGAUGACAAGUCUUUUCUUCUUGAUCAUCAUCAUCAUCAUCAUCAGUACUACAAUUUUGCCUCUCCUGCUGGCAAUGUUGUAAUUCAAGACUCUCUCAAGAGAGAGUCACUUUUUGGAGUACAUGACUUGGUUUCUUAA